GAUCGCAUUACACAGUCUCACAGGAGAGCUCAGUGCUCGAAGUUGUAUAUUAGUCGUGGGUGAGAGCAAGAUAUCUGCGAAUUAGGUCGCUGGCACCUCGGCAGCAGUGGACUUUCUGCAGACAACAGUUAAAAGGUGACAGCUGUGGGAUAUGAAUAACUAGAGACAAACAGGCAGUAGUCCCACAAACUACAAUCAUCCGAAAUAUUACCGUGCUUCUAGCAAAGACAAACCAACCCACACUAAGACAAGGUCUCUGUUGGUUGUUACUAUUUCAUCUACCAUGGAGUCCCUGUCAUUGUCUUUUGACGGUGGCCAUGUUUUACAAGUGGACAAUGAACCGGUAUGUAAGGGACACCGUCGCAAGAGGGAGUUCAUACCUGAAGAGAAGAAGGAUGCCCUAUACUGGGAGAAACGUCGCAAGAACAACGAGGCAGCCAAGCGGUCACGGGAGAAGAGAAGGAUGAAUGACUAUGUGCUGGAGACUCAUUUCAUGGCCCUGAAAGAAGAAAAUGCCAGGCUUAGUGCUGAAUUAAUGGCCAUGAAGCUCCACUUUGGGCUGGUUCACCCUGCAGCAUACACUGCUCACCAGAGCAACCAACUGAAUCACCAUGUUCACAGCGGCACCCUGUCACCCACGCCUGCCACCAGCACCCACCACCAGUUCCUGCAGAGGGACUAUUACUGGCAUGGUAGAGACUCUACUGUUAUGCCAAGCCACCAACCCUCUCAGCCUCUUUUCAUUCCUGCAUAUGCCCUCCAUACCAUGAGAGGUUACCCAUACUUAAACACAUCUGGUGGUGCCAGCUCUGGCCUUGUCACUCCCCUUGCUCUCCCUCGAAAUCUCCUGCCGACCCACGCACCCCGACCUGGAGCUUCUCUACUGAAGCCCAUUCCUACAAGAGCCGCCUCAGAUGAAGAGGAGGAGGAGCAGCAGGUCCCAGGGGUGCUGUCCCUGACGUGCUCUGCUCCGCCUCUCAAAAUCAACAGGAAAGGAGAAAGGAUCUACUUCCCACCAAGACAAUGCACAUCCAACUGA